AAAUGCAAAUAUACCAAAGGGGACCAUGUCCUUGGUUGGAGAAUUUCAAAGCUCGAAGAAACUCCCCUGGCACACACACAGUGCAUGCCACACCCAUCCCAUCUCUUUUGCCAUGGCUGGUUGCUUCCUUGCCUACAAAAAAAAGCUCCCAACAGUUGCCUUCCCCCUCUCCUCCUCCCAAAGAAAAGCAAAGCAAAAAGGAAGGAGAUGAGGAGAAUCACACCACUGAAAACCAGAGACCUAGCACAGCAGAGCAGAGCAAUGCCAAUUCACUAGCUAGAUAGCAGAUCAUCAGAGUACUAGUACUGCUGCUGCUCUAGAGUGAGUUGUGAGUGGAGUCUACUCUCGACACCCUUCACCCACACGCCAUAUAUAUCUCAAAAGACAGGCCCCUCCUCCUCCUCCUCCUCCAUGGCUCCAUGCCACGGCGAGCGAACGAGAACGAACGAACAUAUUCCCCUCGAUCGCCCCUGACACUAUCCAUCAUCUUCCACCUCCCAGCUUCACUCUCAAGCCUCCACUCCAUCUUCUUGUGAAGCUUCUCAAGAUUCUCGCACGCCUUUACCCCCUCCUCCUCGUCCUCUCUCUCUCUCUCUCUGCCCAGCUUACUAAUUAAACGACACCUCCAAUGCCGGCGCCAAUGGCGGCAGCUCAACUCAUCCUCUAGCUAGUCUCCCCUGAACAGCAAUUCGAAAAUCCCAGAGACAAACCCAAGAAACAUUCCACGCACCCUGAUCAAUGAGGCCCUCGCCACCUCUGCUCCUGCUCGCGUUCCUGCAUUUCGCGCUCCUGUCCACCACCAAUGCCGCCGAUGGCAAUGGGACCGGGACCGGGACCGGCGACCUGCUGCGCGGCGACGCGAUGGCGCUGCUGGCGCUCAAGGCGGCGCUGGGCUGCCGCCCGGGCGCGCUGCGGUCGUGGUCGGCGGCCAAUGCCGGGUCCGUGUGCUCCUGGACGGGCGUCCGGUGCGGCGCGGCCGGGCGCGUGGUCGCCGUCGACAUCGCCAACAUGAACGUGUCCACCGCCGCGGCGCCCGUGUCGGUCCGGGUGCCACCGGGACUCACCGCGCUCGAGACGCUCUCGCUGGCCGGGAACGCCAUCGUGGGCGCGGUCACCAUCGCGUCGCCGCUCCCGGCGCUGCGCCACGUCAACGUGUCGGGCAACCAGCUGAGCGGCGGGCUCGACGACGACGGCUGGGACUUGGCGUCGCUCCCGGCGCUCGAGGUGCUGGACGCCUACGACAACAACUUCUCGUCGCCGCUCCCGCUCGGCGUCGCGGGGCUCCCGAGGCUCCGGUACCUGGACCUCGGCGGGAACUACUUCACGGGGGAGAUCCCGGCGGCGUACGGCGCGAUGCCCGCGGUGGAGUACCUGUCCCUCAACGGCAACAACCUGCAGGGCCGGAUCCCGCCGGAGCUCGGCAACCUCACCACGCUCCGGGAGCUCUACCUGGGCUACUACAACGUGUUCGACGGCGGCAUCCCUCCGGCGCUGGGACGGCUGCGCGGCCUCACCGUGCUGGACGUCUCCAACUGCGGCCUCACGGGGCGGGUGCCCGCGGAGCUCGGCGCGCUCGCGUCGCUCGACACGCUCUUCCUCCACACCAACCAGCUGUCCGGCGCCAUCCCGCCGGAGCUCGGCAACCUCACGUCGCUCACCGCGCUGGACCUCUCCAACAACGCGCUCACCGGCGAGGUCCCCCGGUCGCUGGCGUCGCUCACGUCGCUCAGGCUGCUCAACCUGUUCCUGAACCGGCUCCACGGCCCGGUCCCCGACUUCAUCGCCGCGCUGCCGCGCCUGGAGACGGUGCAGCUGUUCAUGAACAACCUGACCGGCCGCGUCCCCGGGGGGCUCGGCGCCACCGCGCCGCUCCGGCUCGUCGACCUCUCCUCGAACCGCCUCACCGGCGUCAUCCCGGAGACGCUGUGCGCGUCGGGGCAGCUCCACACGGCCAUCCUCAUGAACAAUUUCCUCUUCGGCCCCAUCCCGGGGUCGCUGGGGUCGUGCACCAGCCUCACCCGUGUCCGGCUCGGCCAGAACUACCUCAACGGCAGCAUCCCCGCCGGGCUGCUCUACCUGCCGCGGAUCGCCCUGCUGGAGCUCCACAACAACCUGCUCUCCGGCGCCGUGCCGUCGAACCCGAGCGCCGCCAGUUCGUCGUCGCAGCUGGCGCAGCUCAACCUGUCCAACAACCUGCUGUCGGGCCCGCUGCCGAGCACGCUGGCCAACCUCACCGCGCUGCAGACGCUGCUCGCGAGCAACAACCGCAUCGGCGGCGCCGUGCCGCCGGAGCUCGGGGAGCUCCGUCGCCUCGUGAAGCUGGACCUCAGCGGCAACCAGCUGUCGGGCCCGAUCCCGGGGGCGGCCGUCGCGCAGUGCGGCGAGCUGACGUACCUGGACCUCAGCAGGAACAACCUGUCGAGCGCGAUCCCCGAGGCGAUCGCGGGCAUCCGGGUGCUGAACUACCUGAACCUGUCGCGGAACGCGCUGGAGGACGCGAUCCCGGCGGCGAUCGGCGCCAUGAGCAGCCUGACGGCGGCGGACUUCUCGUACAACGACCUGUCCGGGGAGCUCCCGGACACGGGGCAGCUCGGGUACCUGAACGCGACGGCGUUCGCGGGGAACCCGAGGCUGUGCGGCCCGGUGGUGAGCCGGCCGUGCAGCUACACAGCAGCAGCAACAGGAGUAAGCGGCGGCGUCGCGGGUGGCGUCACGACGACGACGACGCGGCGCGGCGGCGGGGAGCUGAAGCUGGUGCUGGCGCUGGGCCUGCUGGCGUGCUCCGUGGCGUUCGCCGCGGCGGCCGUGGUCCGCGCGCGGUCGUUCCGCGCGGACGGCGAAGGGAAUAAUAGGUGGCGGUUCACGGCGUUCCACAAGGUGGACUUCGGCGUCGCGGAGGUGAUCGAGUGCAUGAAGGACGGCAACGUGGUGGGCCGCGGCGGCGCCGGCGUGGUGUACGCGGGGCGCACCCGGUCGGGCGGCGCCAUCGCGGUGAAGCGCCUUCAGGGUGGCGGCGGCGGCGGCGGCGGCGACCGCGGGUUCAAAGCGGAGGUCCGGACGCUGGGCAGCAUCCGUCACCGGAACAUCGUGCGGCUGCUGGCCUUCUGCACGAACCGGGACGCGAACGUGCUGGUGUACGAGUACAUGGGCGGCGGCAGCCUCGGCGAGGUGCUCCACGGCCACGGCAAGGGCAAGCAGCGCGGCGGCGCGCCGUCGUUCCUGGCGUGGGAGCGGCGGUACCGGAUCGCGCUGGAGGCGGCGCGCGGGCUGUGCUACCUCCACCACGACUGCACCCCGAUGAUCGUCCACCGCGACGUCAAGUCCAACAACAUCCUCCUCGGCGACAACCUCGAGGCUCGCGUCGCCGACUUCGGCCUCGCCAAGUUCCUCCGCGGAUCCGGCGCCGCCACCGACGAGUGCAUGUCCGCCGUCGCUGGAUCCUACGGCUACAUCGCCCCUGAGUACGCGUACACGCUGCGGGUGGACGAGAAGAGCGACGUGUACAGCUACGGGGUGGUGCUGCUGGAGCUCAUCACGGGGCGGCGCCCCGUGGGCCCGGACUUCGGGGAAGGCGUCGACAUCGUGCAGUGGGCGAAGCGGGUCACGGCGGGACGACGGGAGGCCGUGCCGGGGAUCCUGGACCGCCGCCUCGUCGUCGGCGGCGGGGCGCCGGCCGACGAGGUGGCGCACCUCUUCUUCGUCGCCAUGCUCUGCGUGCAGGACAACAGCGUGGAGCGCCCCACCAUGCGGGAGGUGGUGCAGAUGCUCGCCGACGAGUUCCCGCGCCACGCGUCGUCGGCGUCGGCGCAGACGUCGCCGUCCACCACCUCCACGUCCUCCUCGGCGGCGCCGGCGCCGGUGGGCGGGGAGGAGAGGAGCUUCAGCCCUGACGACGGCGGUGGGAAGGAGCUGCCGCCUCCGGCCAACAGCUGCUACAAGCUGUUCCCGGACCUGCUGGCCUGACGUACGGCACCUGUGUUUGCUGCCAUUGUUACAAGACACAAGAGACUCAUCAUCAUCAUCGUGCAGGACUAAAGUUACAGCAUGUAGGUCGGCCGACAUUGGGGAUGGUGUGACAAGAGCUGGGGAGCAAUAACAACAUGUAACUUUAUUAUAUAUUUUUCUUUUUUUGUAUCUUUCUUCUCUCUUUUUUUUUCCUCCAAAUUCUUUUCUUUUCUUUUUGGUUCAUUACUAUCUAGCAAUUCAAAGGUGUAUAGGGUCUGAUCAUAUGCUAUCAUCGCCUAGCUAGUAGGGGUUUGUGCUGUCCGAUGCAUGCAACAAUAGCAUCCCUUCCAUCAUCAUAGCUUUGCAACUUUGUAAUCUCCUGGGUAAUCUUUAGCCACCAUCCAUUGUCCACUACUA